UGCGUCAAAGUAAAAUUAAAAACGUUGCCUGUAUAACCCAACAUACUUUCGAAACCUCCAUUCUUCUCCGAAGUCUCCCUCGAGUCCGUAAACAUUCCCACAAUGAACUUUCUGGAUAAAAAUUUCACGUAUCGUAUGUAAUGCAAGAUAUUUGUUGAGAUUUAACCGAUGCGAUUCCUGAGGCUCUCUAAUUUUUGCAAGAAUGGAUUUUUCUCUGUCACACUUCAUGGAUUUUCUACUGCAAAAGCUUCUGCAACUGCAAGAAUCUAUAUGGGUAUAUCUCGAGCGUUUUUUUCAACCUUUCAAGAAACCAAAAAUGAUGAUGUUGAGAAAAUGACAUUAGUAAAGAGUUUAGCUUCUGUAAUUGUUGAAUCUUCAUUUGAUGAUAAUGUUAAGGACAAUAGUAGGCCUGAAAUGGGUAGAAUUGGGAUGAAAAGGUUGUUGGAAAUGCGUGCUAAGAAGAGAGUAAAGCAACACUAUGUGAAUGGGAAGUUUUAUGAUCUUUUUAUGAAGGUUAUUGCUGAUCCUAAGACCCUUUUGGAUGCUUAUAAUUGUAUUAGAGUGAACUCAAAUGUUGGCGUGGUGACAUUGGAAAACGCGGGCAUUUGUUUUGAGUCGUUGGCGGAAGAUCUUGCAAAUGAUAGAUUUGAUGUGGAAGCUAAUACUUUUAAAGUCUCGACGAGGGGUCGUGCAACAAAAGAAUCCCUAGUUCUUCCUAACUUGAAAUUGAAGGUAGUCCAAGAAGCUAUGAGAAUAGUUUUGGAAGUUGUUUAUAGGCCUUACUUCUCAAAAAUAUCUCAUGGUGGUCGAAAUGGAAGAGGGCACUUAUCGGCUUUUAAGUACAUUUGUAAAGAGAUAUCUAAUCCUGAUUGGUGGUUUACCGUGCUUGUUAGUAAGAAGUUAGAUAGUGUAGUACUUGCCAAAUUGCUCUCGACAAUAGAGGACAAAAUUAACGACCACCGAUUGUGCAAGAUGAUUCGUAGCAUGUUUGAUGCACAAGUACUUAAUGUAGAAUUCGGAGGCUUCCCGAAAGGUCAUGGCCUGCCUCAAGAGGGAAUAUUGUCUCCUAUAUUGUUGAAUAUUUAUCUUGGCCUAUUUGAUGAUGAGUUCCAUAGAAUGUCAAUGAGAUAUGAGGCUCUUGAUUCUAGUUCCAAGCAUGAUGAAAAGGCGUCUCAGUCAAAGUUGAGAAGCUGGCUAAGGAGGCAUAUCAAAUACAACGCGGAAAACCCAAUAGACUGUGAGACUUCUGGUCUUAGAGUUUAUUCUUGCCGCUUUAUGGAUGAAAUAUUCUUUGCUGUUUCUGGUUCCAAAGCGGCUGCAAUUUCACUCAAAUCUGAAGUUCAGAGUUACUUUCAAGGUUGUCUUCAUUUAGAUGUCCACUGCGACACAGAGAUUGUGCAAUGUAGUUCAGGCCAAGGUGUUCGUUUUGCUGGUGCACUUGUUCUUAGAAUCAUUAGAGAUAGUCCAGCAGUAAGGGCAGUUCACAAGUUAAAGGAAAAGGUGAAAUUGUUUGCCUUACAGAAACAAGAAAUUUGGGAUGCUGGGACAGCGCGAAUAGGUAAGAAGUGGCUGGCUCACGGAUUAAGGAAGGUUAAGGAGUCCGAGAUUAAACAUCUAGUUGAUCAUAACUCUCUUUUGAGCAAACUAUCCUGCUAUCGUAAAGUUGGCAUGGAAACUGAUCACUGGUAUAAGCAGUUAAUAAAGAUUUGGCUGCAAGAUGUACAAGCGAAAGCUGCAAGCAGUGAGGAAUUUAUCCUAUCUAAGUACAUUGCUGAACCGUCACUUCCGCCAAUGCUUCGUGAAUCAUUUUAUGAGUUUCAGAGGCUUGUUGAAGAAUACAAUUGUUCUGAAACUGAAUCUCUUCGUUCUCUGUUGCCAAGCUGUGAACUAUCUCAACAGAGUGAGGCCAUAACAAAGGUUAUCGCGCCUAUCAAUGUUCUAAAGAAACGUCUGUUAAGAUAUGGACUAGUCAAUGAUGAAGGAUAUGCCCAUGGAGUUCGGGCUCUUAUUUUACAGGAUAGCAACCAAAUAAUAGAUUGGUUUUCUGGUAUUGGACAUAGAUGGCUGAGAUGGUAUAGUGACUCUGAAAAUUUUGGCGAGUUAAAAAUAAUUGUUUCAGACCUGGUUAGGAAGUCCUGCAUCCGCACACUGGCACUGAAGUAUAGGAUACAUGAAUCUGAAAUAGAGAAAUGUUUUGAGUCGCAGCUGAGCAGGAUUUCACUUAGCUUGAAUGUAGAGGAUGGAAAUUCUGAAGAUACAUUGGAUUCUUGUGCUCACAAUAAUGACGAGGCAUCGAUGUAUGGAAUUCUUUAUAGUGGCUUAUGCCAACUGUCUUUAGCCAGGAUGGUGAGCGAGUCCAGGCCAUGUAACUGUUUUGUCACGGGUUGCUCAGCUGCUGCGCCGUGCGUUUACAUUCUGCAUGUGAUGGAAAGACAGAAAUUUCCUGGUUGGAAUACAGGGUUUUCAAGUUGUAUUCAUUCAAGUUUGAAUAGAAGACGAAUUGGGCUGUGUAAACAGCACCUAAAAGAUCUUUAUAUGGGUGAUAUAUCACUUCAAUCUAUUGAUUUUGGUUCCUGGAAUUAGCUCUGAGUAGGAAAGGAGGUAUUUCUAUAGAAAAUGGUUAAUCAUUUAUCAAAUUGAUGAAAUUAAGACACAUAAAGGAGGCUUGAUCUCAGGAAAGCUCAAUGUCUUUUUAGGGAUCUGGAUUUGAAGAUUUUAUGAUGGAACUCUUUGUUUAGUUGGUGAUAAAAAUAUUGUUUACAUUACCACUAAGACAUUGUUGGGAUAGAGUUCUGGUACUUCUGACGAGGUGAAGAACGUGAUAAGAGCUAUAGUAUGUUGGUGACUUGAUUUCUUGGUGACUGGAGUGUUGUUCUCUUCUUCAAAAACAUCUUGAACAUUCAUUUUUAUUCCGUGGGUCGUUAUUGUAAUCUUCAGAUAUGCAGGUAAGAGUUUCAUGUUGAAGAUGCUUAUAUAUAUAUAUACAUCAUUUAUACUUCAGUUUGUAAAUAUCUUGCAAAUAUCACAUUUAGAUGUAUGCUACUACUUAGACAUCCAUUGAGCGGCUAAGCCAUGACUGAAGUUGUGAGAAAAUGGGAGUAGGCAGAAGAAUCAUGUAAACUAUUUCUGUGAGCGAAAAAGAUCAAACUUAACAUAUUUUGUGAGGGAGGGGAAUCCUAUUUCUUCUAGAAAGAUGUUGCAAUUAAAUGUUUUCAUUUCUUUUUGUUAGAUAUUAAAGCAGCGUCUCAACAUUGUAAUGUUCAGCUAUCUUCUGUCUAACUUCUAGAGGUUGAAUGCAUCUGAACCUUUCCUGGUGGUUGUCAUUGAUUCAUUCAUUCCUUUAUUUGGUCAUUAAGAUCAUUUGGAGCUGUGGGACUGUCAGGAGUUGGAAGAGAUUCAUGUUGUGGCCCUAAACCAACAUAUUGUUGCACCACUAACACAGAACUUGUUGCUGCAAAAUCUGAUGAAGCUAACAUGUCACCUAUUGCUCCAAGCUCAGGACACUCGCUCCAGUCUGUUAGACCGGCUGUAAGUGGUGAUAUAAUGCCUUGUCCUCUUCCCACUAUGUAAAGAUCGUGAAUGCUAUCUAUUGCUCUUAUGGAAGCCACCGUUUCCUCCCCGUUGUUUACGAUCCUCUCUGAAUAUUUAUCACAGUCAACACUCGUGGGUCCACAGGCUCGCGGCUCGGUUCGACAUGAUUUGUUCUACUAGCAUCAUCACCUGGUAUGAACCGCAUUACAGUAACGGUGAUGGUUGGAUGUUCCGACAUUCUCAAUGCAUAUGAUAGUGCCUCCCUGUCAUCUGGUCCACCAAAGAAGAGCACUGCUAUGUUAUGAGACACUUGGUUAGCAGCCAAACGGGUUGACCCACUUAGCCCUCUAUCUACUAGGAUCCCAACUGAGCAAGGGGAAUUGGCUAAUAAAUUCUGGUUUAUUAUUCGAAAGGCUGGGUUUGUUGAUUCCAUGCCCCCAUCUACUGUUUGUUGCUUAUGGAAGGGAAUAAUGAUAAGUGCAACUCGCUUUUCUUCUGCCAAGUGGCAAAUAUCUUCGUGCAUUGUAGAGUAGGGGGAAAUUGCUGUGAGGGGCUGAACUGAGACAGAUCCAGAUUGAGCAUGCUGCUCAUAAUUCUCAAAGGCAUUGAUGAUAUGAUCUGACUGUGCCUGUGUUCUGUUGAGGGCUGGUCGGCCUGACUUUCUGGUAUUAUGGACUAUGAGCAUUGCUGAUGCUCGUCCUGUAAGUUCUACUAGAUGCAGUACAUACACACAUAUUGGGGAUCUUCUUGUUGGGUGGCUAGCUUCCAGGAGAUUUAUGAUGGUCGGCACAUUUCUUGGGGUGUGGAUGCAAGUCAAUAUUCUCAGUUCCCCAUCUGGUUUUGAUUUCUGUAUGGUUCUUCUCUUAUAUGCCACAGUUCUUCUUGCUGGCCUGUAAAGUAACGUGACCAAGGGACCAAUCACACUAGUCAUCAUCAAUGCUGAGAUUACCAUGAUUGAAAAUGAAGCAUCAUCUAAAACCUGCAACAACAUAAUUGAUCUCAGGGGGGCAAAAUUUGUUCAAGGGACGAUCAUUUCGACUAAACCUUUGGUGUUCAUGAGCAAACCGAGGGUGAUUCCUUCACGGAUGGGCAUGUUGUAAAAGUAGGAGACAGCAGCUGUGCCAGCAACCUUGCCAGAACAAGCCAAUGCAAUGACAGCCAAGAGAUUGGCCCAGACUUUAGGGCCGCCGAUUUGACGAAUAUCAGUCUUAAGACCACUAAUGGCAAAAAACAGCGGAAGUAGAAGGCCUGACACGAAAUCUUCAAGCUUUUCUAUUAGGGUUACCCCUAAAGGUCCAUUUGGAAUGAUAAGGCCAAAGACAAAAGCACCGAACACAGAAUGUGUCCCUAUGGCAUCUGUGAUGAAUCCUGAGAUCAUAACCCCCGUAAGGAUAAGACAUAUGUAAAAGUCGCUGAAUGGCUCACCCUCAGGUGUCCGACGAAUCAUCCACAUUAUGAUAGGGCGAACCAAGAAGAUGCACACGACCACGAAAGCUGUACUCGAAAGAAUCACCCAAAGAGAAGUUAGAGCAGAGGCAUCAGUCUCAGCUAGGGCAAUCGCCAAGGCUAAGAGAAUCCAAGCACAAAUGUCAUUCACAAGGGCUGCUGACAUGGAGAUCCGCCCAAUUUCUGUGUUGAUGAGCUUGAGCUCCGCUAGAAUCCUAGCUAGCACAGGAAAAGCUGUGACAGCAAGGGCGACGCCAAGGAAAAGCACGAAAGUCCCGUGAUGAGUGUCGUCUUCUUUGUGUUGCAUUAAGAGGGAGAAGGUGCAUCCGAUGAGAAAGGGUAAGAUCAUUCCGCCAAGUGCAAUGCUAAUUGCUUUUCUUCCUGUGCGCUUGAUUACCGCAAUGUCCAUCUCGACCCCUACGAGAAAUAGGAAAUACAAUAGUCCAAUGUUUGCCAUUGUUUCCAGCACCAUCACACUUCUUAGAGGGAACAUUGUGUUUGCAAAAGUUUUAUUUCUCCCCAAGACUGACGGUCCGAGUAUAACUCCACCCUGUGGGAUUAAAUACAAAUAAACAAGCAAAAUUUGUUAGCAUACUUUACAAAAUUCACCAAUGUGCUCUACAUAUACAUAUGCCAUCAAAAUCUAAGUAAUUUUUAGGUACUCAUGCAGGUCCCUCUAGUAUCUAUUUAAGGACCUAGCAGGUGAGGAGAAUCCCAAGACAAAGCCCUCGAAUCGUAGCUGCUCCUAUUGAGCUAAGCUCCUACCUCUUAAUUAACAUCAAAAACUAUGUAUAAUAAGAUUACAGAUUAUAUAAUUUGAGACAUACAUAAAGAAUAUGUUUAAUUUUAUUAAUUUUUUUGGCAAUGUCUUUUCCUUUUGUAAAGAAGGUUGAAAAAGAUGGCCUAUGAUUCUACAUUUUACCUAAUUUUCUCUUCGUUCUUUUGAUUUUGUCUCUUUUAAUUAAGUAAACUCUCAAAAUCAAAGGAACAAAGAAGUUAAAAUUGCAACGAUCGAGUCAUGAAAUCACAAAAAAAAGUAUACUUACGAGGAUUUCAGCGAUAACACGAGGUUGGCGAAGAGGUUUGAGGAGAUAAACAAGAACGCGAGUAACAAUAACGACUAUUGUUAAUUGCAAGAUAAAAAGUGGUAAAGAAUAAUCCAAGGGAUUAUCUCCUUGCCAUACACCAUUUGUUGUUAUCAUUGUUGGUGCAUAACAUACAAUGGGGCUAGCCUCAACCGGAGGCGUUAUCGUGCUUGUAUUUUGUGCCAUUCUUAUUCAAGAAAGAUCAACAAAAUGGAUAUACACUAAACCAAUCAAUUGAUCACUUUCGUUUGAACUCAAACUAUGUAUUUAGUUUGGUAUUUAAUUUAAUUUAUUUUCCCCUUGAAUAUAAACACAUACU